AUGAUAGCUCCAGCUUUUGAGCUGACCCAGGAUCUGGAUUUUCUUACCGUAAAAGUACCUUAUGCCAGAGCGUCAGAAUUUGAUGAUGUGUAUUUUGAAGGGGAAAAUUUUAAAUUUUAUGCUAAGCCAUACUCAGGCAAAUUGACGCUUGCUGGAAGAAUCACAGAAGAUGACAGAGAAAAAGCAUCUUAUGAUAAUGAUACAGACAGAGGAACUUUUACGAUUCGGUUACCUAAGGAGAUUCCUGGCCAAUAUUUUGAGGGACUGGACGUGCUGACUUCUCUUUUAGCACCAAAGAAAUCAAGAUCUGCAAAAUCUUUGGUAGAAGAGAUGGCUACCUCUGCUGAGUUGUCUGAGGAGGAGGAUGAAGAAUUUGACUGGGAAAUAGAGCAGACCCCUUUUAAAGAAAGUGCAGAAAGCACUCUACCAUUACAGUACUGUUACGGAUUUGGGAAUUUGCGGUCAGGGGUCUUCCAGCGGCUGCAGGAUGAACUCAGUGACGUUAUUGACAUUAAGGGUCCAGACCAGACUCCUGGAGAUGAACACAGAAGAAAAUGCCUGGCAGCUGAGGCUGCCAAGCUUGAUCCUGAUCAGUACCU